CUGCGCGGGACCUCUGACCGCCGGCUCGGGCGCGUGGAGGCUGCUCGGCUCCCGCGCUUCAGCUCGGCUUCGGCUCCCGGCGGGGGCGGCGGCGCGUGGCGGUCUCGCGCCAUGUCGUGGCUCUUCGGCAUCAAGGGCCCCAAGGGCGAAGGCGCGGGGCCGCCGCUGUCUCUGCCGCCCGCUCAGCCUGGGGCGGAGGGCGGCGGGGACCGCGGCGCGGGGGAUCGGCAGGCGCCCAAGGACAAAUGGAGUAACUUUGACCCCACGGGCCUGGAGCGCGCGGCCAAGGCGGCGCGAGAGCUGGAGCAUUCGCGACACGCCAAGGAGGCCCUGAGUCUGGCACAGAUGCAGGAGCAGACUCUGCAGCUGGAGCAGCAGUCCAAGCUCAAGGAGUACGAGGCCGCCGUGGAGCAGCUGAAGAGUGAGCAGAUCCGUGUGCAGGCAGAAGAGAGGAGGAAGACUCUGAGCGAGGAGACGCGGCAGCACCAGGCCAGGGCCCAGUACCAAGACAAGCUGGCCCGGCAGCGCUACGAGGACCAGCUGAAGCAGCAGCAACUUCUCAAUGAGGAGAAUUUACGGAAGCAGGAAGAGUCGGUGCAGAAGCAGGAGGCCAUGCGGCGAGCCACUGUGGAACGGGAGAUGGAACUGCGGCACAAGAACGAAAUGCUGCGUGUGGAGGCAGAGGCCCGGGCCCGGGCCAAGGCCGAGCGGGAGAAUGCAGACAUUAUUCGUGAGCAGAUCCGCCUGAAAGCUGCUGAGCACCGCCAGACCAUCCUGGAGUCUAUCAGGACAGCAGGCGCCCUGUUUGGUGAAGGAUUCCGUGCCUUUGUGACAGACUGGGACAAAGUGACAGCCACGGUGGCUGGGCUGACACUGCUGGCCGUCGGAGUCUAUUCUGCCAAGAACGCCACAUCUGUUGCCGGACGGUACAUUGAGGCCCGGCUGGGGAAGCCGUCCCUGGUGAGGGAGACGUCUCGUAUCACGGUACUCGAGGCCCUGAGGCACCCUGUGCAGGUAAGCAGGCGGCUCCUCAGUAAGCCUCAGGAUGCACUGGAGGGCGUCGUCCUCAGUCCCAGCCUGGAGGCCCGUGUGCGGGACAUUGCCAUAGCAACGAGGAACACCAGGAAGAACCACAGCCUGUACAGGAACAUUCUGGUGUACGGGCCCCCCGGGACUGGCAAGACCCUGUUUGCCAAGAAACUCGCGCUGCACUCGGGCAUGGACUAUGCCAUCAUGACAGGCGGGGAUGUGGCCCCCAUGGGGCGGGACGGCGUGACUGCCAUGCACAAGGUCUUCGACUGGGCCAAUACCAGCCGGCGAGGCCUUUUGCUCUUCGUGGAUGAAGCGGAUGCUUUUCUCAGGAAGCGAGCAACUGAGAGGAUCAGCGAGGACCUCAGGGCCACCCUGAACGCCUUCCUGCACCGGACGGGACAGCACAGCAGCAAGUUCAUGCUGGUCCUGGCCAGCAACCAACCUGAGCAGUUUGACUGGGCCGUGAACGACCGCAUUGACGAGAUGGUCCACUUCGGCCUGCCGCAGCGAGAGGAGCGGGAGCGCCUGGUGAGGCUGUAUUUCCACAAGCACAUUCUGAAGCCGGCCACAGAGGGAAGGCAGCGCCUGAAGCUCGCUCAGUUUGACUACGGGAAGAAGUGUUCGGAGAUCGCACAGCUGACGGAGGGCAUGUCGGGCCGGGAGAUCUCGCAGCUUGCUGUGGCUUGGCAGGCCAUGGCGUAUGCCUCGGAGGACGGGGUCCUCACGGAGGCCAUGAUGGAUGCCCGGGUCCAGGACGCCAUCCAGCAGCACCAGCAGAAGAUGCAGUGGCUGAAAGCAGAGGGAGCCAGGCCGAAGGAUGACCAGCCCCCGCUCCCAAGCGCACAGGCUCAGUGAGCUGGGCCUGGACGCCCGGCAGCCGCACUGGCCAGAUGGCUUUGCCAGGAAGAAGCCCUCCCCUCUGUGUCGAAAUGGACCUGCCCCCCCGCUGGCCUGUGGCGCUUCUGUUUUUUGUGCCCUGGGCCUGCGGGGAGCUUUGCUGUGAAGAGGCUCCCCUCUCCCAGUGAUGCGCCUGCACGGCCGCCCACCUUAGUGACUUUACAUACUCCCCUGGUUGGCGCCAGGACAGCCUUAAAGGCCUCUGCUUGGGACCAAGUGCAGCACCUUUGUGGUAGGCUUGGCUCCUUUGUACGCCAGUCCAUUUCCUCCAGCCGGUGGUGCUUGCUGGGUGGGCUGGACUGGGGAGAAGGCACUGUCCCUGAGCCCAGGGAGGGACGGGUCAUGCUGCCACUGCCGGACCGCAGAUGCUGGCUGAGCUCUUGUAGCUGCUGCACCUGUCCCCCGAGGGGGCUUGGCUGAGGGAGAGGUAGGGGCCCAACCUUGCCCAGUCUCACCCAGCAGGGGAGGGGUGACCAGAGCAGACCCCUGUGCUGCUGGCUGGGGGCUGCUUCCCCCCACCUGCUGUCCCCGGGAUCUCAGGAGAGGGACUCAGGAGUGUGACUGGGACACACCUAGAGGGUAAGAACUAGCUGCCGGCGACUGGUGGUGGUGCCUGGAAGGCCCCAGGACCCACUGGCCAGGGAUGUCCAGUGCUGGGGGUGCUGCCCUAGCCCACAGGAUCUGUGGCCCUCCAUCCAUUGGAGUUGGGGGCUUUUUAUCCAGAAUCCAAUAAAAACUCCCGACAGGAUACCUCA